AUGGACAGGCAGGCCGGGAACGGCAAUGGCGGGCCACCGCCGGAGUAUAAGGGCCCGGACGGAAAGAGCGCGAGCCGGCGGAGCACGCGGUUCAAGGAGGAGAAGGAGUACCUGGAGGUGACGCUCGACGUCAGGGGCGACGGCGACGCCGUGGCCAUCCACAGCGCCCGCCAGGCGCUGAGGGGCCUCCAGUUCCUGAACCAGAGCGUGGUCACGCAGGGGAGCUGGCCCGAGGCGGAGAAGCGGUUCAACCGCCUCGCCGUCGACGGGCUCCUCCUCCGCUCACGCUUCGGACAGUGCAUCGGGAUGGUCGGGUCGGAUGAAUUCUCGGUGCAAAUGUUCGACGCCCUUGCACGGCGAAGGGGAAUCGUGGCCCAGGUGCUCACCAAGGAUGAGCUCCGGGAGUUCUGGGAGCAGCUCUCGGAUCCAGGCUUUGAUGCCAAGCUUCAGACUUUCUUUGACAUGGUUGACAAGAACGCAGACGGCCAGAUCACCGAAGAGGAGCUCAAAGAGGUCCUCACCCUGACGGCCUCCGCGAACAAGCUCACCAAGAUCCUCGACCGCGUCGACGAGUACACGGCGUUGAUCAUGGAAGAGCUCGACCCCGCCCAGCUCGGCUACAUCGAGAUUGCUACGCUGGAGUCGCUGCUGCUGCUGCCCCCUUCCCAGGCCCCGUCGGGCCUGCAGGUGCCGCACAGCUCCAACAUCAGCCAGCUCAUCAGCCAGAGGCUGGUGCCGGCGCGGGACGCGAACCCGCUCCGGCGCGGCCUCACGGCGGCGCGCUACUUCCUGGAGGACAACUGGAAGCGCGUGUGGGUGAUGUCGCUGUGGCUGGCCAUCAACGCCGGCCUCUUCGCCUGGAAGUUCGCCGCGUACCGGCGCCACCCGACCUUCGACGUCAUGGGCUACUGCGUGUGCGUGGCGAAGGGCGGCGCCGAGACCACCAAGUUCAACAUGGCACUCAUCCUCCUCCCCGUGUGCCGCAACACGGUCACCUGGCUCCGGUCUCGGACCAAGCUGGGCGCCAUCGUGCCUUUCAACGACAACAUCAACUUCCACAAGGUGGUGGCGGGCGGCGUGGCCGUCGGCGUGGCGCUGCACGGGGUGACGCACUUGACGUGCGACUUCCCGCGCCUGCUCCACGCCAGCGACGAGGCGUACGAGCCCAUGAAGCGCUACUUCGGGCAGACGAGGAUCCCGGACUACUGGUGGUUCGUGCGGGGCGUGGAGGGCAUCACCGGCGUGAUCAUGGUGGUGCUCAUGGCCGUCGCGUUCACGCUGGCGCACCCGCGGUUCCGCCGGAGCAAGCUCGGCGAGGGCAACCCGCUGAAGAGGCUCAGCGGGUUCAACAUGUUCUGGUACUCCCACCACCUCUUCGUCGUCGUCUACAUCGCCCUCGUCGUCCACGGCGUCUGCCUCUACAUCAACCGGACAUGGUACAAGCAGACGACAUGGAUGUACCUUGCCAUCCCGGUCUUGCUGUACGCCGGCGAGCGCCUGCUCCGGGCGCUGAGGUCGCACGGCUUGACGACGGUGAGGAUCGAGAAGGUGGCGGUGUACCCUGGUAAUGUGAUCGCCAUCCACAUGAGCAAGCCCCAUGGGUUCAGGUACAAGAGUGGACAGUACAUCUACGUCAACUGCGGCGAGGUCUCGCCGUUCGAGUGGCACCCCUUCACCAUCACCUCUGCUCCCGGCGACGACUACCUGAGCAUGCACAUCCGGUGCCGGGGUGACUGGACUUCGAAAUUCAGAGCCAUCUUCUCGCAGAGCUGCCGGCCACCGGCGAUGGGGCAGAGCGGGCUCCUCAGGGCCGACUUCACGUCUAUGGAGCACAACACCAAGACGUUCCCGAAGCUGCUGAUCGACGGCCCGUACGGCGCGCCGGCGCAGGACUUCCGCAAGUACGACGUCCUGCUCCUCAUCGGCCUGGGCAUCGGCGCCACGCCGCUGAUCAGCAUCGUCAAGGACGUGCUCAACAACAUCCAGCAGAAGCAGCCCGGCCACGGCUACGCCGACGAGGACGAUGCGCCGUUCAUGACGAAGAAGGUCUACUUCUACUGGUGCACGCGGGAGGAAGGGUCCUUCGAGUGGUUCCGCGGCGUGAUGGACGAGGUGGCGGAGCGCGACGCCGCCGGCGACGUGGUGGAGCUGCACAACCACUGCACGAGCGUGUACGAGGAAGGGGACGCGCGGUCGGCCAUGGUGCUCAUGCUGCAGGCGCUCCACCACGCCAAGAGCGGCGUGGACGUGAAGGUGACGCCGGAGCUCAGGCGACUCUCGCAGGACUUCUCCCACCGGACCACCACCAAGUUCGUCUUCCACAAGGAGAACUUCUGA